ACUCUUCUAGCCCUCGCUUGCCUGCUCGUCGUGUUUUUACGGCGAGGCCAAGGUUUUACUAGAUCUAGCUAACAAAAUUUUCUUACACAGAGAUAUCGAAACUAUUGGACAGCGUUUGGAGUUUCUGUUUUUCCCCGUGUUCGACAAAUUUGUUUUUGGACUUCAUAGUGGAUUAAUAUAUAUCAAACAAAGGAACCAUAAUAACACCUGUCAUUCAUUGAUUUGUGCCUGUGUGUUUGUAUAGAUCUUCUUGAGUUAUACAUUUUAUACCUAAACAACAGUCGGUGUGUGUGUGUGUGUUUACGCGUGGUCUGUUGUUUACCAGUUACCGUGUACUUUAUAAUAUAAACAAAGGGAUACUAAAGUUUACACGCGAGGAUUUCUUCAUAGUGGAACUUUACCAGGAGUAUCUUCGCAUCAUAGGGUCAAGGUCCUUGUAGAACAAAAUGCAGAGUUCUAGCGUAGGCUAGACUUUUGAAUAAUCUGAACUACACAUCACAUCUUGAGUACAGAGUAAAAAUAUUUCGAGGAUUUUCUGCACAGGACGUUACAUUUUCUGUUGGUCUUCUUUUUUUUUCAUUCUUGGAUUAUAUUUGAAAGAAAGUCAUCACCUGAUACAAUGGAAUACCUCAUGGUCUUCGCCUUCUUAAUUGUUGCAGAACUGACCGCCGUGACCAGCUGGCAACAAGAGUGGCAACCUAAUUAUGUUUCUCGAACGCCAGAAUCUGUCACGCCCCCUCCUUUCAUGGGACAGGACGACUCCACCGAGAACAUGAAGCUGCUGAUGGUAGAAUCAGACACGGCCUUUGUUGGUGGAAGGAACCGUCUAUAUUACUUGUCGUUAAAGAACUUAUCCAAAAUAUCGACUCUGGAAUGGCAAGCUGAUGAUUAUUCAAAGAUGACAUGUAAUAGGAAAAGCAAGGUUGGGUGUGAGAACUACAUCCGUAUCGUGGUCAGAAAAUCAAAAGACAAGUUAUUCGUGUGUGGAACCCAUGCCUUCCAACCUCGAUGUCGUCAUUAUGAGUUUACGGAACAAAACGGAUUUAGAAUGCAGAUGCCCAAAAAGGAAGACGAAGUGGGCACUGGAAUGUGUCCUUUCGACCCUAAUCAUAAUUCUACGGCCAUAUAUAUAAAUGGAAGUUUCUACGCUGCCACAGUCUCCGACCCUGAUUCCAGAGACCCACUCAUCCUCCAGAAGAACAGUGAAAGCAUCUUGAUCAGGACCCAGCCAAGAGACUCCAUUUUCUUAAACGAGCCUGACUUCGUGAGCUCCUACGACAAGGAUGACAAGGUGUUCUUUUUCUUCCGCGAGAUGGCUGUGGAGAACAUCAACUGUGGGAAGGCGGUAUUCUCGCGUGUAGGUCGAGUGUGUAAAAUGGACAAGGGUGGAGCGGUCCGGACACUACAGAACACAUUCACCUCCUUUUUCAAGGCCAGAAUCAACUGUUCUAUCCCUGGAGAGAUCCCCUUUUAUUUUGAUGAAAUUCAAUCAACUUCGGAAUUUGGCCAGGGCAACUAUCGACCUACUAAGGACAGUGGAGACAGGAGUGACAUGAUCUAUGCAGUCUUCAAUACACCAGAGAAUGCCAUCCGGGGCUCUGCUGUCUGUGCAUACAAGUAUACAGAUAUAACUCAAGUCUUCAAGAGGCGGUUCAAAGGUCAGGAAUCUUACAACUACAACUGGCUGCCAGUCAGCUGGGACAACACGCCCUCCCCUCACCCUGAAGAGUGUCACAAUGGCAGUCAGGGCGCAUACGGCUACAAGCACUUAAACUUUAUCAAGAGCCACCCUUUGAUGGACGAAGCUAUGCAGCCCAGUGGAGGGAGACCCAUGUUAGUUUUCACCAGUAUUAAUGCCAAGUUGACUCAGAUAGCUGUUGACUGGCAGGUAUUAGCAGCCGAUAAAAACUACUAUGAUGUUAUGUUUGUUGGAACUGAUGAUGGCCGAGUUAUCAAGGCUAUUAAUAAAGGUACCAAGGGUGAAAUAGAGUCUGUGGUCAUCGAAGACAUUCAGGUGAUGCCCCAUGGUGUACCAGUUACCAGCCUCAAGAUACACAGUGACCGAAACGACCAAUCACAACAGAGACUGAUUGUGAUGUCUAAGGAACGAAUAAUUACAAUACCACUCCAGCGUUGCAACAGGUCGAAUACUUGCAGUUCUUGUGUGGCCUUACAAGAUCCUUAUUGUGCCUGGAACCAAGGACUCAAACAAUGUCUAGCUGCAGAAACUGGAGUUCAAAGUAUAGCCACUGGCACAAAUAGUAAUUGUCAACCAGAAGUUGAAGUUGAACCCAAGACUCAGGCCCCUGAAGAACUGACAACACCUGCUAAGUGCACAUGUGCAAAUACAAAACCUGAAGAUGAAGCUGAGAAAGAAAUACUUGCGAAUAACCAGGAUAAGAAUGACAAAGUUGAAAAGGGAAAUUCUGAAGAAGUUUUUACUGCAGAUCUUGAAGGCAAUGAAGAUGCUAAAGCAGGAGCAACUAUGACGGCACAAGCUGGAGGCGCUCCGUUAGAGAUACUGGUCACUGCUGUUAUUAUUGCCAUUUUGGUCUCUCUGGUAGUGGGAUUUUUCAUUGGCUACAAGUUUCAGUCUUGCAGGAAAAAUCGAGACAGGGAUGUCUUUUAUGAAUCGUCAUCCCUCCAGAGAGGCAGAAACCGAUUGUCUUCUGGUGACAAUCCCUAUUUUCACACAGACCCAAAGAACAUGCAGCCUCUUAAACAGAGCAAUAUUGUUGUCAACCUUAAGAAUGGGAAAGCCAAUUCUCUGGCAGAACCUAAGACUGUGAUGAAGUCAAAUAAAGUUUACCUUUAGAGGCUUCAACAUUGACUGCUGAAAACUUCUCUCUUCUUGCAAACUAUGAUCUUAAUUUUUCAAUGGCUUGCUCCAGUUCAAAGAAAUGGUUUUCAUAUCAAGCUAACUGGAUCAGUCAGCUGCAUCUAAUGUAGUGUAGAAAUCGGCUGUUUGGAGACCCCCUGUGGUCAGUUUUCUUGAAUUAUUCAUUUGUGUUUGGAUCAUAUUUCACAAGUUUACAUCCAAACGCUCUUUUAGUUUACAUCUACAAUGUUGGACAUGAUAAACAAUUUAAUCAUUGGAUCCUACAAGGUAAUCAUUGGAUCAGUGUUGGAAUUAUGUUUAUUUUGAGCUCAAAUGAGUUCAAGACACUCUUAAAAACUAAAAGCAAAAUAUGUGCUUGUGCUUCAAACUAGUUGACCAAUCUCAUGAAUUAGGUUGUCAAUGGUCAAUUUACAGAUUAGCUAUGGAUCAGGUUAUUUUUUUUAAUGAUGUUGUUUCACUUUUGGGAAAAAUCUGGCCAAUAUGUUGAUUAAGGACUAAAUAACUAUGCCAGACUGAGAGAUAGAUUGAACUUAAAGAUUUUUGGCAAGAUGGAAGGCAAAGGGCAACAUUACUUGGUGAGCGAAAUAAAAACACAGAUUUUCUCAAAAGUUGCACUUUUCUGUUUUGUGGCAGACAAGAAACAAGCAGCACCAGACACAGGAACAAGACUUUUAAGUCUACAGCUACCAAAUCAUCUCUGCAGUAGCUUUUAGAUUCUCUUGCUCUGACUAGUUAAUGAGGAUUUCAUUCAGACUGCUUACACAAUAAUUAUCAUAAAUAAUCUCAUUAAUGGCAUAAUACUUUGAAAAUGACCAACUGAACCUUUUAGGAAUUCAUGUGUUAAUAGACUAUGUAUAAACAUUUACAGCACCUAACCUUCAAAAUAUCAAAAUGUGUAACUACAUUUAUGUCAUCAAUCACAUUACAUUUGUAUAUUCAGCACUCAAAUUUAAACGAAAAUGAUAUUUGGCUGAAAAAAAGAAUCAAAACUAAUUAUUUCAACAAUUGUACAUCAGAUACAUACUGUAGCACAUCCAAUCAUAUAAAACAUACAUUUAUUAAUGAAUGCCUUCAUGUCUAAAUUUUAAAACUGUUCAUGAAAAAAGUAAACUUGUUUAGAGAUCUUUAUAAAAAGCUUCGGAUAAUGAAAUUGUUGAAACAAAAUUAUUUGCUCUUAAUAAAUUGUCUACCUAGGUAUUGAAUAGUCUUUGGUCAAUGUGAUAUAGUUACUUGCAUGUCAAGCAUUCCAUACCUUAACAGUCCUAAUUAAAACCUUGUAAAAAAUGACAAGAAUAAUGUUGGACUGGAUUCAUUCAGUAGCUGAUCUUUUCUUAAAAAUGGUUGUGAUUUUUUUCUCUUUCAAUGUCAGUGUUCUAGACUGCCAAAAUAAACAAACUCCCACAACAUUCCAGUUCAUCUAGAUGUACAUGAACCAUUUUCCAGCUGAAACAAAUGACUUAUCCUUUCUGGAUCUGUACGAGUGCCAUACUUUUUUGUGUUUCUGUUUAAUUAGUAUGUUUGGUUAUUGUGAAAGUGAAGGCAUUGUUCAUUAGAGAGGCUAUCAUUGUUAUGUAGAAUUGUAAACAAUUUAUUACUUAAACAUCUCCUAAUUUAAUAGUUUUCUGUAGCACAUCCAGCACUCAGCUAAGAAUGUUGCAAAAAAGUUGUUGCAGUACAGAACCCAUGACCAUGUGCUGGAAUAGUGCAAGCACUACUGUCCUGGGCAUAAGGCAAGCAUUUUGUCUGACAUUUACACAUUCAAAAGAUACAGUUUAUCAAAAUACCUGCGCAGCAUUUCUUAUUCAUUGUUAACUCUGUUAGAAUCAGGUCAGAGGCUCCUGAUAUUGUUACAAUCAACCUCGUGAGUUCAAUGUCAGACGAAACUUUAGUCGAAUUAGAAUUCUUAGAAUUUGGGGAAUCCUACAAAGCAAUUUAUCAAUUUGUUCAACCAAAAAACAAAGAAUGUUAUCAUUUAUAGACAUUUUAAAAUUUUCUAAAUUCCUUUUUUUUUUGGUUAACAUAUAAAAUGCCACAUAAAAUUUGAAAUGUUGUCAUUGAGAUAUUUAUGUGUGAUCUUAAGGUGUACAUAUAUAAAUAUAUAGGCCGAGCCAGACAAGGAACAAAUCAUGUUGUCAUCCACUUAUGGAGAAAGAAUUAUAUCUAAUAUUGAUAAUGAAUAGCCUCUGUUAUAUUCAUUGUGAUUUCUCUCUUUAUGACACCUGUUUAGUCUAUAUUUACAUUUAUUCAAUACAUACACUUAUAAAUAUAUAUUUGAAAUGAUAUAUCUAUGUAUAUAUAGGAAUGAAAUGAUAAUCUUUGUUUACUGGUUUACAUUUGUAAUGCUAAAUGUUUAUUCAUAAAAUUGUGUGUAAUUAACAUUCACCGUUGCUAAUGUAAAUAUUCAAUGUCAACCCAUUCUGCCCUGCUCUUCUGUCUUAGAGGAUCCCACGUGAUGUCUUUAAUGUGGUAUUCAAAAUGACUACCUUUUCACACAAUGUUUUGAUUCUGUGGUAGUAAGUACUUUAUGUGACAGUGAUUCUUCUAGGAAUCAAACCAAAAUCAAUCAAACUAAAACAAGAGUUUAGCCUGCUAGUCUAACCCACUGCCAACUUUGAAUUACUCUUUAUGCCAAAAUUUUCUGAUUUUUUUGAAAUUUCGACAAGAAAAUACAUUUUGAGUUGAUAGGACAUUGAGGCAGUUAAAAGACAGCUUGGCUGUUCAGAAAUGGGAAGUAAUGACCCCCAUAAUUCCUAUUGCUAAUGUGAAGGUCGAAGGCUAUUAAGGUCUAAAUUAUUUCAUCUAAAUUUGUAUUUGCUCGUGCUAAAACAUUUAAUGUAUAAACACAAUCAAAUGAAAUGUAUCAAACUGAUUGACUCAAGCGUCACUCUGUAUAAAUGAUUGUUGACAAAGUUUAACAUCCUUUUACAAUGCCAAUAAAAUCUCUUAACUGCUGAGUCUAUGUUGGUGGUGUUUUGUGAAUAGCCAUGUCUAAACCAAGUAGUUAUUAGUUGCUCAAAUAGUUGACUUCAAUAUUGUUUCUUUUCAAAAGAAGCAUUCAUCAAAAUAGUUGGGUUUUUUUUUUUUUGGUUAUAAAACAUUUAGGUAGUUGUACAGUGUAAUUUAGACAUUACAGCUAGGACUUAAUAUUUAUACCAUGAUAGCAAUUAAGUUCUGUUUCUAGAUGUGGUGCAGCUAAAAGACAUAAAUAUUAACAUCAUUCUAAUUUAUAUUUGUUUUCAACAUCUUUUAUUGUUUACUUGUGUGUUUGAAGCCGUUUGAGUUUUUGGCACAUCGGCACAAUUUAGGCCAUGUCAUGCCCGGAAGCCAUUUGAGAAAUUGUUUUUCAAAACUAAAUAUAAGUAUAGGAAUGGAAUAUUUUUGUUUAUUCCCAACCUGCAUUCCCAUCUCCCUCGAUAGACUUGAAUACAAAAAAAAGAAUAUCUGACAAUAUAGUUAAAAGUAGGUAGGGUAUAAGUUUGUUGUUGUUUUUUAAAGCAAUAUCAAGGUUUUCAGCAAAGUGAGAAAUUAAAAAGACUGUUCAGUGCUAAAAAAAAGUUGUAUUGAUUCUUGUAAUGUCAUUUAUCUUAUAAAAUACAGACGUUACUUUAAUAUAUAUGUAUAUAUAUAACUUUGUAUAAACUAAUAGAAAUAAAUAUCUUUUAUAGAAUACAAUAAAUUCCAGAUAGAAUGGUAAAAUGGCAAUAGUUUCUCCGUGUUGUUUGUCAUCCUUUUAAAUUUGUAUACAACUUUUUUGUGUCUUCCAGCUUACUAACCAGCAUAACCAACUUUCAUGCCAAAUCUGUUCUCUAUUUUACUAUUGCUACUUUUUAGGGCUGUAUAUAAAUAUACUUCAAAUUCAUAUAUUUUUUACAUAUUUUGUUAUGGUUUGUUAGCACAAAAAGUGGUGUGUAUCCAGUAACAAUGCUAUGAGAGCUAUGAGAGACGAGGGCUUGUUUGCUUUGUAGUCAAGGUUUUUGAGUGUGUGUAAAUGGUGACACUGCAGGGAGGUCAUUCUAUGAGAGUACACUGCGCCUUAACAAGAGCAUUGGUGUUUGGUCUGAGAGGCGCUCUCAGCAUUGAGUACAAUGAAGCACCACAGUCUUUGACUCCACUAGACCAUAAAGAAAAUAAAAGUUGUCAUUUGACUUUAUCAUUAGCAUUGACUGACUUCUGUUUAAAGCUGUGAGACUUUACAAAGCACUGUUUUUUGUUAUGGGUAAAAAAGUGAAGGUGUUUAGUAUUAAGUUAAUGAAGGGGAUUGAGAGAUGGGUGGUUACAGUUAGUGGUAACUCUUCACUGCCUGCAUUAACUUGGCUUCUUUAUUAUUUACAUAUAUAUAUCAUAUUAUGUCUACUUAAUUAUCUUUUAUUGACUAUAUACUAUUAGAUGAAAAAAAAAUUGUCAAAACUGUGAUAUAUGGCAGCUUUCUAGUGCCCCACUGACCUAUAUUGUUCUAUUUUUAUUUUUUUUACAGACUGUAACAGUGAAAUGUCACUAUGAAAUUUAUUUUCAUCUGUUCAUUAUUGAAAUGAUUUUUUUUCAAAAAUCAAAAUAGAAUUUAUUAAAAAUUGUUCACAUAUUCUAAAUAAAAACUUGGUCUAGUGCUGGGGGUCCACACCUUGAGAAAUCAGAACAUAAUGUACAGAUAUUCAGCUGACCAUAUCAUGUUGACUUCUUUGAAGUAUGUUCUAUAUAUGUAUACUUGUGCUUCCAAUAGUUUCAUUCUUUUACAUUUGUAUAUGUAGUUUCAACAUUUGGAACCUCCUAUUGUAAUAGUUGUUAAGACAGAAACCUCUUUGGGUUGUAAGUAUUAGAUUUUUCUAGAGUCUUCUACAAAUGUAUAAACACAGAGUUUCUUGUUUAUGUCUGAAGGAUGACUGCCUGGUUAUCUGCUAGUUAGUCAUACAGAAGAAUUAAGAUCUAUUUCUGAUUUAAAUAUAUUUUCUCAAAUUUUGGAAAGGGAUGGAGAGGGCAGGAAAUGCCUUAAAUGUUGUUGGAAUCAUCACUAUACCAUAGAAAUAAUAUGAAUGAUUAUAUAUAAUAAGAUUAUAUCUGUCUAUAUCAACAUGUAUUCACUAAUAAACUUGUAAACCAUCCAUGCUUUUAGUGCCAAUAUCUUAUAAGCUUGUUUCCCAAUUGUUCUAGUUCUCUCAUUUGAUUCUGCUGUUCUAGAAUAACCUUCAUGUUCUGUCUUGUUAUAACUUCACUAUAUACAACUAUAUUAUACAUUGAAUAAUCUGAAUGGAAAAGCAUGUGAAAAUUAAAAAAAAAUUGUUUUGAAAGAUGGCUGAGUAGAAAAAUUGUAGUCUUCUAAACUGCUGUAUCUGUUGUUGAGAACAUUGUUUGUCUGAAGAUUAUAUUUGUGUUUAUUCAGAUACAAAAAAAAUGUAUUUUAAUAAAACAAUAAAUAUCUUGA